AGGACUGCUCGACGGAAAGGCCGAAAAACACGCCUCCCGGCUCGCGCGCCUUCUCUCUUCGUACUCCCACGGUGGGAGAGAGCCUAGAGCAUUGCCGGUAGGUGGGGUCUGGCGAAGGUCUACCAUCGUGGGGGAGUGGGGACUCAUGAAUGCCAUCGGGCAUCGCGGGUGCGGUGUCGAAGGGAAUGUAAUCCACUUGGGUUUGGUUUAGUGAAAAUCCAGUCCUGGGCUUGGGAUUAUUUUUGUGGAUUUGGGCCUUGUAGAAUUUUCCGAUUCCAAAAUCCAAACCCAUCUUGCAGUUCCAAACUAUAGUUUCAAAUUGGGGCAGCCUCCAAAUCCGAAUGGAAAUAGCAGUUGUGGACUCUGCUAUUGCCGAUGAAUUGGUCCGGAAGAAGCAGGUAGGCGCUGCAAGGGAGAAAACACAAGGGAGAAUGAGAAAGGAGGGAGGGGCAGUUGCAGUGGACGGAGAAAGUCCGACAAAUUCUGCAGAGGACCAACAGGCUCCUGCGAUUCAACUUUCAAUGUUUGAUUCUUCAAUUGAGAACCACUUCAAAGCUAUUGAUACAAUUGCCCGGCUCUGCGGAGAGCCAGAGGGUGAUGCUUUUGAUGAUACUGAGAUCGAACGGCUUUCCUGCAAGAUCACUUUCCUAAGAGAAUGGAGGUAUUUUAAUUACAAACCAAGAGCCAUUAGGUUUGCUUAUGAAAUGGGAAGCCCUCAGGGGAAAGAUGUUAUCGGUGGGAUAAACUUAACUCAAUUUUCAUCUGCAACGGUUCCUCAUGGGAGGCUAUCUCUAGACAAGCCUGCUUCAGAGUUCAGCAAUGACUUUGUGUUGUAUGUUGGUGGCCCUGUUUGGGCUUUGGAUUGGUGCCCUAGAGUUCAUCAGAGGUCUGAAAGUCAAAUUAAAUGUGAGUUUAUUGCUGUUGCGGCUCAUCCUCCCGAUUCCUCUUAUCACAAGUUAGGUGUCCCACUCUCCGGUAGAGGUUUGAUUCAGAUAUGGUGUCUUUUAAAUGUCACUGCAGAGAUGGAAGAGGUGCAGCUUCCAACAAACAAGCGGAGAGGGAGACCUAAAAGGAUUCCUGACAUCAAGGAGAAAUUAACAGAACCAAAGAGGCCAAGAGGGAGACCUAGAAAGAAUCCAAAUGAACUGAAGAGGCCAAGAGGGAGACCUAGAAAGAAGCCAGUGAAUGAAAAUGAUCAAAUCUACGAACAACAAUUUGUUCAAGCUCUUUCUGUUGAACUCUCUAAAAAUUCAUCUGACUUGGAUGUUGUAGAUCAAGUUUCCUUUAAUGCCCUGGAACAUGCUGCCCAGAAGCAAUCUGGUAGAAAACGAAAAGAUCCCGGCCAAGUAGCAUCUGAAUCUAAAAAUAAGACGAAGAUGCAGUGUUUUAAUGAUGGUAAUUGUCUACCAUUACUGAUGCAAAAUGGGGACCAAGAAGCUUCUGUUUCAAAUCUUGAAUCAAGUUACAGCUUUGGACAGGAUCCUAUGAUAUCAAGUAGGAAUGCUGAAAAUAAUUUUUCCUUAGAAAUUUGCUCGGCUGAAUGUUCUAUUCCUAAGGAUCUUGCUUUACCAAGAAUCAUGCUGUGCCUAGCGCACAAUGGAAAAGUUGCAUGGGAUGUGAAAUGGCGGCCUUGCAAUUUAAAUGAUUCAGAAUGCAAGCCUCGGAUGGGCUAUCUUGCUGUCUUGCUGGGGAAUGGAUCUCUGGAAGUCUGGGAGGUUCCUUCUCCUUGCACCAUGAAACUCCUUUAUUCUUCUCAUGCAGAGGGCACCGAUCCUCGCUUUGUAAAACUGGAGCCAGUAUUCAGAUGCUCAAAGUUGAAGAACGGUGAUAAACAGAGUAUACCUCUUACAUUGGAGUGGUCAGUUUCAUUCCCCUAUGAUUUAAUACUUGCUGGAUGCCAUGACGGAACGGUUGCUUUGUGGAAGUUUUGUACAGGUGAUUCAUCUAAAGAUACGAGGCCUUUGCUUUGUUUCAGUGCAGAUACAGUUCCUAUAAGAGCUUUGGCCUGGGCUCCAGUUGAAAAUGAUCCAGAUAGUGCAAAUGUAAUAGCCACGGCAGGACAUGAAGGCUUAAAGUUCUGGGAUAUACGUGAUCCAUUCCGACCCUUAUGGGACCUCAAUCCAGUCCGGAGGAUCAUAUAUAGUUUGGACUGGCUGCCAAAUCCAAGGUGUGUUAUUUUAUCCUUUGAUGAUGGAACACUGAGGGUCCUCAGUUUGGCAAAGGCAGCAUGUGAUAUCCCUGUUACAGGAAAACCUUUUGUUGGGACACAACAGCAAGGAUUGAGCAGUUAUUACUGCUCAUCAUUUUCUAUUUGGAGUGUGCAAGUGUCCCGACGAACAGGCAUGGUUGCAUAUUGUAGUGCGGAUGGUUCUGUUCUCCAUUUUCAGCUUACAAACAAAGCAGUGGAGAAAAAUCCUUCGCGAUAUCGGGCCCCACAUUUUCUAUGUGGAUCACUGACGGAGGAGGAUUCCGCCCUUACAGUCAACACUCCGUUACCAGGUACUCCUUUCCCAAUGAAGCAAUCGCUCAAUGAGUGGGGCAACACCCCUAGGACAAUUCGUGGGUUCAUAUACGAGUCAAAUCAAGCAAAAAGAGCUAGUGAACUGAAAGGCAAUGGUCAAAAUUCAGAUCAACCUCUAGCCCUGUGCUAUGGAGAUGAUGCUGGGAAGGAAUUUGAGUCCGAGGACAUGUUAGUAGGUCCAGAGAAGAUGCCGAUGAAAGAAACCAAGAUGGAAGUUUUUCCUCCCAAGAUUGUAGCAAUGCAUAGAGUAAGAUGGAACAUGAACAAAGGCAGCGGGAGAUGGCUGUGCUCUGGGGGAGCAGCUGGAAUUUUAAGGUGUCAGGAGAUUGUUGUGUCAAAUUUGAUAAAAACUGGCAUGCAAAGAGAUGACGGCAGCUAAACAUUGUCUCACAUUUUAAUGGGCCAUGCCUACAUAUGUAUAUUCUUGUUGGGAUUUUAGUAUUCUGAAAUUCGAUUUUUUUUUUUAAAUAAAAAUUUAUUAUAAGCUUAUUUUCUGAAA